AUGUGUCCUAAUCGGGACUGGUUCACCACUUAUGAAGCUAUUAAUGGUGGAGUUGUUCUUAAAGGGAACAACGUGUCAUGCAAGACUGUUGGGAAAAGCACAAUUCGGAUUAAGAUGCAUGAUGCAGUCAUCGGAACUUUGACAGAUGCUAGGCACAUUCUAGAUUUAAGGAAGAAUCUCAUCUUUUUGGGCACUCUUGAUAACAUUUGGUGCAAUUUUUUAGGUGAAGGUGGAAUUCUUAGGAUUACAAAAGACUCUCUUAUGGUUAUGAAAGAAAAGAAUAUUAGCAGCUUGAGAAAAUUUAACGAGUUCUGCAAGAAGGAGGGAAUCAUUAAACAUCGUACAGUCUCUCGCACGCCACGACAGAAUGGAGUGGCAAAACGUAUGAACAGAACCCUAUUAGAGAAAACUCGUUGUAUGAUAUUCAAUGCAGGUUUAGGCAAGGAAUACUGGGUGGAAGCAGUGAAUACGACUUGUUACUUAGUGAAUCGAUUGCCAUCUACUGCUAUUAGUUGUAAAACUCCAGAGGAGGUUUGGUCCGGUGAUGACUUCGCUAAUACUUACGGUCGUCGUGUGGACAAUUCAGUCAAUUUGUUGAGGAGACCUCUUUCAGUUAGCAAGUUCAAGCCGGACUUGGACUUGAUCGAUACGUGCCACACUCAGAUGCCAUGCUGGGCUAUUGGAGAAGGUGGAGUAAGUUAG